UGUGUAAUCGAGACACUUCUGGCGGGAACUGAAUUCAACAGGUGUUUGUAACCAUAAAGUGAGUGUGACAGUGGGUGACUGUUCAGUGUAGUGGAAAAUUAUCUAACCGUUACUAAACUAUCUCCGCCUUACCAUGGCAUCUAACGUGGGCGUAAGUUCUAUAGAUGUAGCAAAUACUGACCCAGAGUCGCUGAAAUUAAUGUUGAGUUCAAUCAUGAAGGAGGCACGUGAGAAAGCGGAAGAAUUAAAUCGUAAAAACUCUAAAAAGGGGAUCAAAAGAGGUGCCAGAACAGAGUAUAUAUUUAAGCGUGAUCAGAAAUUCAUCCUAAAUCGUCGACGUUCUACUAGAUUGAGUGGCCGUUGUAGCUCAACAGGUUCUGAAGUUGAUAUUGAUACCAACGACUCUGAAUCUGAUACCGAACGCAAACCGAUCUUCAAAAUGAGAAUUAAGAGAAGACAUACAAUUAGUGUAGCACCACCUCCUAAGGCAAUACCAGUUGAAGAAGUCACCGAUGAAAUGAUAGAAAGGAUUCAUAAGUAUGGGAUGAAGGAGUAUAACUCGGUACACGGUGUUCUGUGUCAUCAGUGUAGGCAGAAAACCAUGGACACAAAGACUAUGUGUAGGUCCUCUCGGUGUGUGGGCGGUCAAGGGUCGUUUUGCGGCCCUUGCCUAAGCAAUCACUACGGAGAAAGCGUUGCGGAAGCACUUCGGGAUCCAGAAUGGACAUGCCCCCCGUGUAGAAAUGUUUGCAUUUGUUCAGUGCACAUGAAGAUGAGAGGAAUGCAGCCUGCUGGUCAACUUACUCCCAUAGCAAGGUCGUUGGGCUAUAAGUCAGUUCUGGACUAUUUAGUAGCCAAGGAAGAAAUAAAGAUAGGGGAGGAGGGGAUAAUUGUGGAAUCAGAAUAAGUUGUCACUCAAGUUAUGGCUGAGCCAUAUAUUUGUGAAAGAACUGUACUCUGGAAGACAUACUGGUUCCUUUUGUAAUGACACGGAAUUACUACUAUUCCAAGACUUAACUCUUACUUUAAAAUUAUACUUUAAGUGAAUUACAUUUGCCGUAAAAUGGAAUAAAAUAUUGUGAUGAUGUACGGGUUGUUGUUACUGGAUUACCUAAAUUUAAAGUACAAGCUCAGUAUGUAAUUAAGCAUAAAAUAUUCUACAAAAUAUUUAAUUGUUUCAGCUUAUUUGUUUGUAGUGGAACAAUUCACAAAUCCUUCUGGUUACCAUUAAACGUAAGAGAUAUUAAAGUUUUUCAUGUACAAUGCAAGUAUUACCUGUUACGUGUGCUGUACAGUUAUAGUUACAUAGUACAAAACGAUUGGGUCUUGAUAUGUAUCAAUAACUGAAGUAACUUGCAGAACCCCUUUUUGUGUGUGCAGAAUCUUUUUUGUGUGUGGGCCCACAGCCACUGUAAUUCCCGUAAAUAUGCCUUUUCUUGUGUACAUUGCUCUAUUUUAUUUUAUUAUCUAAGUUAGCAGUUUGCUAAUUUCGCCAUUUUCGGAUAAUAUUGAGCUAUUUCACAAUAAAAAUGAUUAACUUUACAGCACAUGAGUGUGGAUUGUAAUGUGCUGUAAGUAUGGCAAUUUCCACAAAAUGAAAGAGCAGCCCAUGCAUGAAAAUGAUUUCGUUUUAAGGAACACACAAAGCAUGACUUAAAAUGCCAAAGAAAAUAUAGAGUGAAAAGUUUUUAGGAGCCAUUGAUUUUAUAUUGUCACAUGGGACAUGAAUGCUUUAUGAUAAAUAAAAUUUCAUGUAUAAGGUACAUUAAUACUCGGCAAAUUUUUUAUGAAUUGCAUUAUUAUGUCUAGACCAGAACAGCUUCUGUGUUCUAAAUUUUGGGUCAGUAUAAAAUGUAUUCAGGCACACCAUAUGAAAUACUGAAAUGUAAGAUAUUUUGUAGUACUGUUUUUACAGGAAAAUAGAUCAGACAUUAAACUAUAGAAGCUGUAGUGACUGCUAAAGGGCACACAUAAAUAAAAACAUUUUAAUACAAUGAUGUAGACAGUUUUAACUGUGUCCUGACCCAUUCAGAAAGGUCUGUUCAUAUUUUGCUAGAAGCUGUUAAGCACUUUGUUAACUAGUGUGUAAACAUAGACAAUUGCAGAUCUGAUUUCAAAUGUUUGUAUUUUAGAAA